UGCAGGCCAGUAACAUAGCAAUUUAUUAUUAUUUUUCCUUUGUUCACCGCCAUUUUUUACUGUAUUUAACACAUUCAUUCGCAUUACAAAAAGCAGCAGCAAAUAAAAAUAUAAUUUUAUUGUGAAUAUUUUGAAAAGACAGUCAAGCUCAGAGUCAUCAAAAGGUAACCCGUCCCAGUCGAAAUGAAUAGAUACUCAUUAAGAAAACGGAAGCAAGUCUCGUAUCGUGACCAGAAUCCCAAGCGCCCAAAACCAUCAGCACAAAAAGCUUCCAAAAUGAAACUAACGAACGUGAACAAUGACUGUCUUGAGCGCAUAUUCCUGCACUUAAGCGUCCAAGACCUUUUGAACAUUGCCCAUUCGAACAAGCGAUUGAAGGCAGCGGCUGAUUUGGCAUUCGGUCGGAAUUUUGGCGGUAAGAAAUCAAAAGUGGUCAUUAAUUCACGCUGCUUCCAAAUUGAAUCGAACGGAAACUCCGCUCAAUCAAUCGAAUUACGUAAUCCAUAUCGACUAUUGCGAAGCUUCGGUCACCUUAUCUCAAACCUGGUCAUACAUACGCGAAAGGUGGUUCCGUAUGUCAAUCAAUAUUGCUGCGAAUCAGCAACUGAAGUCACAUUUUUCGAAAUGUCCAAAGACGACUUCAUGCAGAAGCCAUUUAUGAACGUCGAAAUGGUUUGCAUCAAUUUUUGCAAUUUGAAAGGGAAAUCGAUGCAAUUGCACCACUGCUUUCCAAAGAUGCAUACUUUGAAGCUUAUUCAUGUUGAAUCUCAGCCCAAGUGUAUCGAAACACACUAUCCCCACUUGGUGCAUUUGGAAAUCGAAGGACCGAUACCAACUCCCACAAUAAAAUCCACCAUCAAUAUAUUAUCAUUGAAUCCGCAGUUGCGCCGCUUGACCUUGGACACUAAUUACACGACCGAAUUUCUUCGCACCGCAAGUCAACGCCUUCGGUCACUCGAACAUUUGGACAUUCGAUGUUGGCCCAAGGACUUGUCAGAUUUUGGUGAAGAUGUUGCCAAUUUUGCGGGUCUCAAAGUGCUGAAAAUUACCAGUUUUGACAUUUUGAAGAUCAAGAUUCCAAUUGUAUCUAGUUGCUUGCAAGAAUUUUCACUUUCUUUCCGUUUUAGCAUCCAUUACAAUAAUAAAAAUAUCAUCGAUUUCCUCAAUCAGCACUCUUCCAUCAUCAAACUGAGCCUGGCGAGCGAAUUCUGGUUGGCCAGCCCGAUAGAUGAGGAAUUUGUGAAGCGAAUUAUGAAAGCAGUGCCGUUGGUGGAAGAGAUUGAAUUUCAUGAUGUGAAAAUAACAGCUGAUGGUGUCAUUCAAUUGGUGAAAGAUUACAAAUUGUUGAAAAAACUGCGCUUCGUAAUGCGUUGUAGUUUCGAUUGGGGCUCUUUGAAGGCAAAUCUGGGCAUUGGAUGGGAAGUCACCGAAAAAGUGAAAGGUUGGAAUUGGUAUAUCAUAACAGCUAUAAAAUUGAGCAAUUAAUAUCAGACACCAACAAUCAUCAGUUGUGCAUUUUCCAAUUGUUAAAUGACAUAAAAAAAAACUACUGAACAUUGAAACUGAUGCCAUUAUUCAUAAUUAAUUACGUUAAAUAUCAAUGCCGGUAUCAAUUUAAAUAAAUCAAUAUUAAACUAAAGUCAG